GCGCAUGCGCAGGCCGGGCCCCUGCGCGGAGCGCGCGUCUCUGUAGGACACUGUGGGGUGCGGGACAGCGGGGAAGAUGGCGGGCGCGGGCAUGGCCGCUGUGGGGUCUUGGGUACCUGCUCGGAGCUGGGGCUGGGCAGCCGUCUUCUUCGGCCCCCACCGUGGCCUCGGCGCGUUCCUUGCACGGAUGCCCCCGCGGGCGCCGCGGUGGCUCCCAGCUUGCAGACAAAAGACGUCAUUCUCUUUACUUAAUCGACCAGACCUUCCAAGCCUGGCUUAUAAGAAGCUAAAAGGCAAAAGUCCAGGAGUAAUCUUCAUCCCUGGCUAUCUUUCUAAUAUGAAUGGCACAAAGGCUUUGGCGAUUGAGGAGUUUUGCAAAUCUCUAGGUCACGCCUAUAUAAGAUUUGAUUAUUCAGGCGUUGGAAGUUCAGAUGGUAACUUAGAAGAAAGCACAGUGGGAAAAUGGAGAAAAGACGUUCUUUCUAUAAUUGAUGCUGCAGUUGCACGUCCAGAAAAGGUCGUGGCUCUUAUUGGUGUCGCUACAGCUGCAGAUGGCUUAGUGACACAGUUUAAUCAGCUCUCUGUUGAGCUAAAAAAGGAAAUAGAGAUGAAAGGCGUGUGGGCUAUGCCAUCAAAAUACCAUGAAGAUGGAGUUUAUAACAUUCAGUACAGUUUCCUUAAAGAAGCUGAACACCACUGCUUGUUACAUAGCCCGAUUCCUGUGAACUGCCCUAUAAGAUUGCUCCAUGGCAUGAAGGAUGACAUCGUGCCUUGGCAUACAUCCAUGCAGGUUGCUGACCGGGUGAUCAGCAAAGAUGUAGAUGUCAUCCUCCGAAAACAAGGUGAUCACCAAAUGAAAGAAAAAGCGGACAUUCAACUUAUUGUUUAUACUAUUGAUGACUUAAUUGAUAAGCUUUCAACUAGUUAACUGGUAUCACAUUUUUACUUGGUACAUAAACUAAUGUGUCCAGAAGAUUAGAAGAGGGAUGACAGAUGAAAGACCCUAAUAAUUUAGGUUUUUCCCUUUUCUAUUUUGUAAAUAUGAGUAUGUAUUUAAUGAUGUAUUUACACAAGUAAUAUAAAUCGUAAUGACAGUA